GUUUAUACCAACCAGCGCAACGAAAAUAGGCCUGCUACAGAGAGUAUAUACAAUACAAUACACAGAAUUUAGUUUACAGUAUCCGGUUAACGCUAUUCACAACAACACCAUGUCAAAUACUAACUUCCGACCAGGAGACUGGAUGUGCCCAGCAUGCCAGAACCAUAACUUCGCUCGUAACCAGUCGUGCAGAAAGUGCAAUGGACCUCGUGUCGAGGGAGGUGGCCCACCGAUGCAUGUGCGCCAACCAGGACCUCCUAUGGGAGGUAUGGGACCCCCUAUGCAUGCAGGCAAUCCUCAUCAAGGUGGUAUGCCUCAUGGUGGCGGUGGUAUUCCCGCUAACUUCAGACCUGGAGACUGGAUGUGCCCGGCAUGCAACAACCACAACUUUGCCCGAAACAACAGCUGCCGGUCAUGCUACGCACCCAAACAAGGCGGACCUCCCGUCGGAUUCAACCAGGGAUAUCCACAACAGGGGGCGUACAACGACAACAGAGGACCGGCCAACUAUCACAGUCAUGGUGGUGGAGGUGGCAGCAACUGGCGUGCUGGGGAUUGGCAGUGUAACUGUGGCUCACACAACUUCGCCAGCAGGACGAACUGCAGGGAUUGCAAUAUCCCCCAGACCGAGGGAGCUGUAGAAGGUGGGGCCCCUCCCGCUAUGCAGCAAGGUGGUAACUACGGAGGUGGUGGUAACAACAACAUGCCGUCUAACUGGAAACCUGGAGAUUGGAAGUGUGUCGCAUGCAACUACCACAACUUUGCACGUGGAAUUACUUGCAGACAGUGUAACGCUCCUAAGCCUGAGGUUAUUGAUGAGACGACCAUUGAUGAGGCGUAAAGACUGGAGAGCUUAGUACUAGUAGACAGUUGAGACUAGAGGGGUUUAAUAAUACAUACAUCAGCUAAAUUUGAAGGCGGUUAUGUAUAUAUGUAUGAAGCAUAUACCGAAAAUAGAUAGAGGGAAGACAUAUAGGGAGGGAUUCUGCGGGACGGGAGAGGUGUUGGAAAUAUAUCGGAAAGGUAGCAUACGGAAUGAAUAAGCUGUAAAUCAAUAAUAUUAAAAGGCAUAUCGCACG